CGCCGGAGGAGCAGGCCGUGGAAAACCCGCAACUCUUCUGGAAUGGUUCUGCUGCGAUAAUGGGCAAGCAGAAACAGAAGUCGUCUUCGAACGGUUCAAGCAGGCUCGAGCUCCCCAAUGUCGACGGUAGCGACGCCAGGAGCCACACCACGGCUUCAACCACGAGCCGGAACCGCUCGCGCUUCUUCUCCUGGCUGCGCUCCCGAUUGCGCUCGAGACGGCAGACCCCGUCCGGCCAGAGAGACGGAGAUCCGGCCUUGCACUCGCUUGCUCCCCCGUUGAAAUGCCCCAGCACUCCCUCCCUGCAGCUGCCUCCCGACGCUCCUGUUCCAUCGCAUAGUCCCCCUCUGCCGCCAGACCGCGAGCCUCCCGUGCAGGCACACGUCGAACAGCCCCCGGUGCAAUCCCGCCGGCAGUCCCGCCGGCAGCUGGGACUCCGUGUCAUACACCAGCCGGGAGACACGCCCGUAGCCGAUAUUAUUUUCAUCCACGGUCUAGGCGGCGAUAGCACCCUGACAUGGUGCGAGGAUGGCGACGAGGCGCUGUUCUGGCCGGGACAGUGGCUCCCCCUCGAGCCGGGCAUGAGGGACUGUCGCAUCCUAUCGUUCGGCUACGAUGCCGGCCGCGAGAGAGACGCCAUCGAAAGCCUGUACGGGGUCUUGGAUUUCGCCGCGGCCCUCCUCCAGGAGCUGGAGUUCGGACAGGAUGCGCACGGCGAGGCCCUGCGAAUCAGCAACGCGCCUGUUGUGUUCGUCGCGCAUUCCAUGGGCGGGCUUAUAGCCAAAGCCACGUAUCUUCUCGGCCAGAGCGAUGAUCACUACGAGGGAAUCAUAGACGCGAUCAAGGGCAUGGUUUUCAUGGCCACGCCACAUCGUGGUGCGACGGAGUUGAGCAAUCUGCUCCGCGCGACUUUCCACCUGCCCACGGAUGCCGUUGCGGAGUUCACGGCCGGGUCACCGACGAUCGACGAUAUCAAUAAGCAGUUCCGGUAUGCACUUGCUAAGCUGAGGGUGGCGUCGUUCUACGAGACGCGGCCGACUGCCAUCGGGGCCGAUGAGUCUCUAGUGCUGAGCAAGGACUCGGCCACGCUGGGCUACGAGGAGGAGGAUGCAAUGGGGCUGGAUGCAGACCACAAUGGCAUCUGCAAGUAUGCCAGCCCCGACGAUUCGAACUACGCGAGCGUUCGCAACGCUUUGAUAGCGCUGGUGGCAGACCUGCUGCCCAAGGCGAACGACAAUCUCGUCACCACCGUCGAAACAGACGACCCGGCCACGAUCGAGAAGUUCCUGUGCGUUCCGCCGACCUUCCAGCACGAUGUCUCCUUCUUUCUCGCCCUCUGGUGCAAGGGGACCUGCUCGUGGAUCCUGGACAGCAGGGCCGUGAGAGAAUGGCUGGGGAUAGGGAACGACCCGCCCGUCAUACACUUCCGAUCUCCAGCUGCCAGCGGGAAAUCCGUGAUGUGCGCGUACCUUGCGGAUCAUCUGCGGUCCAUGGGAUGCUCCGUUCAGUAUUUCUUUUUCGAGACAGGCGACCAGAAUCGGCGGUCCGUCAGCGUUUUCUUGCGUGCCAUGGCCGCCCAACUGGCUGCCGACGAACCGGCGUUUCGGGAUACACUGCUGGACAUGAUUCGAAGCGGCUUCGGUUUACCAUCGUUGAGUUCCGUGGAUGUGUUCACUGCGCUGUUCAUGGUAGCCGCCGCGAGUAUCCAGUUCACUCGACCUCUUUUCUGGAUCGUUGAUGCUGUGGAUGAGUCCGAGUCUCCUCGGGCCGUGCUGGGAUAUCUGGCCAAACUGCAGGAAGCCCUACCCUCCCUGCGGAUUUUCUUUACCAGCCAAGGCGCCGUGGAUUUCGCCGGCCAGGAUAUGAGAAUUGUAACGCUGCCGUCUGCGCGCAUGGACGGGACCCGAGCUGCCAAUUUCUCCGAUAUCAUGCUGUACAUCGGACACAGACUCGGCACAACGAGCGGUGAUAUUGCACUGAAAGAGCGAGCCUCGGAUGCUAUCCUGCGCCGAGCCCAGGGGAACUUCCUCUGGGUCCGCCUGGUGCUUGAUGAAAUCCUCGCGUGCGACACUGACGAGGCAGCAGAGCAAGCCCUACAGACCCUGCCGAGAGAUCUGACCGAGGCGUACCGGCGCAUGGAGCUUGCGAUUCUCGACUCCCCCAACCCUGAGGAUAAAGAGCUCGCCCAGCGGGUUCUGCAAUGGGUCCUCUGCGCACGCUAUAGCAUGACACUUGACGAACUGCUUCAGGCGUUGCACAUGGAGACCGUCGAUCUGGGCGAAGCUAUCACACGCAUCUGCGCGCACUUCGUGGCUGUCACUCCGUCCGGGCAUGUGCGGUUAAUCCAUCAAUCGGCGCGAGAGUAUGUGACGAGAUCGGCCGCCAGCGAGGUAGCUGUCAACCUGGUCCGUAGCCACAGUCUCCUUUUCCAGUCCGCCGUGGACGCACUCUGCUCGCCGGAGCUGCAAUGGGUCAACCUGGCACAGCAGAAUCUGCCCUCCUCCGAUCCAUUCCUCAUAUACGCCGCGACAUCGUGGACGUACCAUCUCCAACGCUCCGGCGACAUGGACGAUGCCAAGCUGGAUCUCCUGUCUGGUUUCUUCCGGGGCCCAUCGGUGCUCGUGUGGAUUCACAUCCUCACGCUCGCCGGACAGGUAGAACUGCUCGUCAAAGCCGCCCAGGAUCUCCUGGCAUGCGUCGAGAGCGCCCGGCAAACCAACGUCUCCAGCAAUCAGAUGUUCCACCGGUUGGCCGAUUUGGAAUAUCUCGACGAAUGGUCCGUGGACUUGGUCAAGAUCGUAAGUAAGUUUGGUGGCCGGUUGCGAACGAACCCUUCAGCAAUAUACGGUCUCGUUGCGCCUUUCUGUCCGUCCAAUUCGGUUCUUCAUCGGCAGUUUCACAAGGGCUCGUCGUCGGACGUCAUGAUCUUUGGAUUGUCAGAACGGGACUGGAGCGACCGGUUAGCCAGCACUUCGCUGCCCAGGGGAGAGCAAGGCAUCAAGAUCGGUUGCUCUGCGCAGCAUGUCGCUGUCCUGGGCGCAUCCGGAACGGUGUAUCUGUGGGAUUCGAACGACUCUGGACAGACCUGCGUGCUCGACCACGGCGAAACAGUGACGGCUAUGUCGUUUAGUCGCCGUGGCGAUAAAAUGCUAACGUUCGGCCUCCGGACGUCGAAGCUGUGGUCUGUCCCUUCAGGGCAACUGUUGCUGGCCAUCGAGAAUCCAACCGACCGUCCAGCACUGGCCAUGGCAUUCCAAGAAACCGACGACAGCGUCCUGGUCGUCUGUACGGACAGACUGAUCCACCAUCUGGACCUCGCCGGCUCCCCAGCCGCCUGGUCAGUCUUCAGCCAGGAACUCCUCCAGGAGCGGUUUGAAAUCGGCGGAACGCCCAUCACCCCGCCGCACUGCGUCGCCUUUAACCGGAACGCGACCCAGCUAGGCGUUUCCUACCGGGGCUUCCCCCUGUCCGUGUGGGAUCUGGGCGAGAUGCGGUGCAUAGCGCGAUGCAAAAGACCCCCGAGACCGCCGGCCGCGUCAAGCCCCAAACAGAGCAGCUGGACUGCUGUGGAUAAAUUCACCUGGAACCCCGUUGCGGGCCAUAUCAUCGGCCUGUACAAAGAUGGGACGGUGUUCAAGUGGCACCCCAUGACGAGAGACUACCAGGAAGCUCCCUCGGUGGACAGCGAGAUUGCUGCGAGUCCCGAUGGGCGGUUCUUCAUCACGAGCAACAGCGAGGGAACGGUGAGGGUGUGGAGUUUCGACCUGUUCAGUGUCAUCUAUCAACUCUCAUCCGGCGACGCCAUCCGUGAAUUGUCGUUUGCGCCGGAUAGUCGGCGGUUCUACGAUAUCCGGGGCUCGUCGUCGUUGAAUCUCUGGCAGCCGAAUAGUCUGCUGCACUUCCACGAGAUAUUUGCCUCGUUCGCGGACACAUCGGGCGAGGACCAUGGCUCUGCGUUCAUCUCGCAUGUGUCCGAGGCGCAUUCGGCGUCUUACGAGGCUGUCUCGGUCAUCUGCACCGCCGGCCGGGGAUCGACUUUGUAUGCCGUGGGUAGUGAGGGGGGCCGGUUGACUCUCUUCGACACGAUGUUGGGGAAGAUCGGGGAAUUGAUCCAUUUCUCGCAUUUCACGGGCUUUGCCUGUGUCGCCUUGAGCGAGGAUUCGGGGUACAUCGCCUCUGCUGAUCUUGCUGGAGAGAUUGAAGUAGGGUAUCUAGGAAGCAGUGCAGAGCCAUCAGCGCAAUAUCAUCCCAAAGCGAAACCUGCAAUCGAGAAGAAUGUCAGCGGCGUUCACCAGCUGCUGUUCAACCACGACGCGACUCUCUUACUCGUCGUCUCCGAGUUGGAUGCCCAUAUCUGCUCCGUCGAUGAAGGGACGCUAGAAAGCCAGCGGUCUCUGGUCUCCGGCUUACGGAAAUGGGUCAAUCAUCCCUUUGACCCGGAUGUCCUUCUGUCCUUUGGAGCCGAGCAGGUCACAGCUUACCGCUGGACGGAUCUCUCCGAGAUAGAAAGCUGGUCGUACAUGUUCGACGAACACUCGCAUGCGCUUGCGGAUCUCACUCUGACGGAAACCCUCCCGUACGUGAAGAAUGCCACCGUCACGCAAGACGGCCAAAAUGUUCUUCUCCAACGAACCGAAGCAGGAUGCGAAGACAGUCUCCUCGUCAUCGACCUCUCUGCUUUGCCAUCCGUGAACGCGCAUAUCUCCCUUCUACCCACGAAGCGCGUCCCCGGUAAGGUAUCCGCGAAGGCCAAGAUCCCCCUCGGUCUCCGCAGGGGUCAGGAUCUCGUCUUCCUCGACGACCAGCUGUGGGUGUGUACGUAUGCAUUGGAUGGGUCCGAGCCCGAUAUUCAGAGACAUUACUUUAUCCCGCAGGACUGGGCGAGUAUGGAGUCCUUUAGACAGUGUCGGAUGCUGGAGGAUUCGACGCUGCUUUCUCCGCGGGAAGAUGAAGUGGCUGUCAUUAUUAGCGAGCUGGGGUCGGCGCUUUGAUUCGGGUUUAUAGAAUGGGUAGAGGAUCUAGAGAGCUCUGGGGGCAACUGUAAAUGGAACAAAUCUACGUCCUUUAAUGCAAGUUUUUCCUUCCAUUUCAGACGGUGCCGUCUGGGAGCGG